GCAGUUGCCUCUUCGUCAAGGGGCGUGGAGGUCCCUCCCCGUGGCUCUUCAGACGCGCAGCCCGAAGCACUAGGCCCGAGCCCCCAAACGCCAGAGAGGGCGGAGGACUCCCCAAGUGCCUCGGCCUCCUGCUCCUUUGGCGACCACUCCUGUCAAACCACGGAACUUAUCAAAGACAUCCUCCAGGUGUUGCCGAAGGACGCGGCUUAUGUUUUAGACAUUGACUUGGAUUUUUUUUCAGUUAAGAAUCCUUUCAAGGAAAUAUACACUCAGGAAGAGUACAAGCUCUUACAAGAACUUUAUAGCUUUAAGAAGCCGAACAGCAGUGCCUCAGAGGAGGAUUUGCUUGACUGCGUUGAGAAUCGCAUCCACCAGUUGGAGGAUCUGGAAGCAGCGUUUGCAGAUUUCUGUGACGAUGACUCUGACGAGAUUCUGGAAAGAUGGGCUUUAAAUCCCGGGAUGAGACCUCUGCUUCCACUUGUACAUAGUCUGAAGAACCGAAUGGUAACCCCCAACUAUGAAUUGGUCCAUCAGGCCGGGCUGACCUGCGAUUACUCGGAAAUCCCUCACCACGUCAGCACCGAGGAAGAAAUAGAGGAUCUCAUAGAGGCCGUGACGCAUCUCUUGAGGAACCUGCCGAAGCCCACUCUUCUGACAAUCGCCCGGUCCAGCUUGGAUGACUACUGCCCCGCAGACCAGGUGGAGCUUAUACAAGAAAAGGUUUUGAACAGCCUGCGCUCCAUCUAUGGCACGCUGGAUGUCCACUUAGAGUAUCUGGAAGAUUUCAGCCCUGCCGGAACCGAUUCUUCGACCACAGUGUGAUUCGUGCAUUGGAAAUCAUUAUUUUUUCCCCCCUCUGUAUGCAAGUAGUAUCAUUA